AUGUGCUUGACUAAACAGGACAAGGAACCUCGAGGCAUCAUUCCUUUGGAGAACCUCAGCAUCCGAGAGGUGGAAGACCCACGCAAACCUAACUGUUUCGAGUUGUACAUCCCCAACAACCGUGGUCAGCUGAUCAAGGCGUGCAAGACGGAGGCUGAUGGGCGGGUGGUAGAAGGGAACCACAUGGUGUAUCGCAUCUCUGCCCCCACGCCUGAGGAGAAGGAGGAGUGGAUCCACAGUAUCAAAUCGGCCGUCAGUGUGGAUCCCUUCUAUGAAAUGUUGGCAGCCAGGAAGAAACGCAUCUCACUGAAGAAGAAGGAAGAGCAGCCAUAGAUGGCCUCCCUCCUCCCUCCUCCCUCCUCAUCCUCCUCAUCCCCUCACCCUCCUCAUCCUCAUCCUCAUCCUCCUCCAUCCUUGUGGGACCACCUGGUCCUGAUUGGACCUCAGAUGAAGAAGAAGAAGAAGGCAGCUGCUCCUAACUUGUAAAUAUAUUUAUUCUCUGCUUUCAUGCCACUGCAUGUCAUGUUCAUGCAGCCUUUUGAAGGCGGGGCCUAGAAGACUGAAGGCGGGGCCUAGAAGACUGAAGGCGGGGCCUGGAAGAUUAGGAUGACAUUUGGAGGCGGGGCCUAGAAGAUUGAUUUUAGAUUUGGAGGGGUGGCUCAAAACACUGACUUUAGACUUGAAGGCGUGGCCCAGAAGAUUGACUUUAAAUUUGAAGGCGGGGCCUAGAAGAUUGACUUUAAAUUUGAAGGCGUGGCCCAGAAGAUUGACGUUAAAUUUGAAGGCGUGGCCCAGAAGAUUGACUUUAAAUUUGAAGGCGGGGCCUAGAAGAUUGAGACAAGAUUUGUAGGCGUAGCUCAAAAGAUUGACUUUAUAUUUGAAGGCGGGGCUUAGAAAAGUGAAGGCGUGGCCUAGAACAUUGAGACAAGAUUUGUAGGCGUGGCUCAAAAGAUUGACUUUAGAUUUGAAGGCGGGGCCUAGAAGAUUGAGACAAGAUUUGUAGGCGUAGCUCAAAAGAUUGACUUUAGAUUUGAAGGCGGGGCUUAGAAAAGUGAAGGCGUGGUCUAAAACAUUGAGACAAGAUUUGUAGGCGUAGCUCAAAAGAUUGACUUAAUAUUUGAAGGCGGGGCCUAGAAAAGUGAAGGUGUGGCCUAAAAGAUUGAGACAAGAUUUGUAGGCGUGGCUCAAAAAGAUUAAUUUUAGAUUUGAAGGCGGGGCUUAGAAGAUUGAGACAAGAUUUGUAGGCGUGGCCCAGAAGAUUGACUUUAAAUUUGAAGGCGGGGCCUAGAAGAUUGAGACAAGUUUUGUAGGCGUAGCUCAAAAGAUUGACUUUAGAUUUGAAGGCGGGGCUUAGAAAAGUGAAGGCGUGGCCUAGAACAUUGAGACAAGAUUUGUAGGCGUAGCUCAAAAGAUUGACUUUAGAUUUGAAGGCGGGGCCUAGAAAAGUGAAGGUGUGGCCUAAAAGAUUGAGACAAGCUUUGUAGGCGUGGCUCAAAAAGAUUAAUUUUAGAUUUGAAGGCGGGGCUUAGAAGAUUGAGACAAGAUUUGUAGGCGUGGCUCAAAAGAUUGCCUUUAGAUUAGAAGGCGGGGCCUAGAAGAGUGAAGGCGUGGCCUAGAACAUUGAGACAAGAUUUGUAGGCGUAGCUCAAAAGAUUGACUUUAGAUUUGAAGGCGGGGCCUAGAAAAGUGAAGGUGUGGCCUAAAAGAUUGAGACAAGCUUUGUAGGCGUGGCUCAAAAAGAUUAAUUUUAGAUUUGAAGGCGGGGCUUAGAAGAUUGAGACAAGAUUUGUAGGCGUGGCUCAAAAGAUUCCCUUUAGAUUUGAAGGCGGGGCCUAGAAGAGUGAAGGCGUGGCCUAGAGGAUUGAGACGAGAUUUGUAGGCGUGGCUCAAAAGAUUGACUUUAGAUUUGAAGGCGGGGCCUAGAAAAGUGAAGGUGUGGCCUAAAAGAUUGAGACAAGCUUUGUAGGCGUGGCUCAAAAAGAUUAAUUUUAGAUUUGAAGGCGGGGCUUAGAAGAUUGAGACAAGAUUUGUAGGCGUGGCUCAAAAGAUUCCCUUUAGAUUUGAAGGCGGGGCCUAGAAGAGUGAAGGCGUGGCCUAGAGGAUUGAGACGAGAUUUGUAGGCGUGGCUCAAAAGAUUGACUUUAGAUUUGAAGGCGGGGCCUAGAAGAGUGAAGGCGUGGCCUAGAAGAUUGAGAUGAGAUUUGUAGGCGUGGCUCAAAAGAUUGACUUUAGAUUUGAAGGCGGGGCCUAGAAGAUUGAGAUGAGAUUUGUAGGCGUGGCUCAAAAAGAUUGACUUUAGAUUUGAAGGCGGGGCCUAGAAAAGUGAAGGCGUGGCCUAGAAGAUUGAGAUGAGAUUUGUAGGCAUGGCUCAAAAAGAUGAACUUUAGAUUUGAAGGCGGGGCCUAGAAGAUUGAGACGAGAUUUGUAGGCGUGGCUCAAAAGAUUGACUUUAGAUUUGAAGGCGUGGCCUAGAAGAUUGACUUUAAAUUUUAAGGCGGGGCCUAGAAGAGUGAAGGCGUGGCCUAGAAGAUUGAGAUGAGAUUUGUAGGCGUGGCUCAAAAAGAUUGACUUUAGAUUUGAAGGCGGGGCCUAGAAAAGUGAAGGCGUGGCCUAGAAGAUUGAGAUGAGAUUUGUAGGCGUGGCUCAAAAAGAUUGACUUUAGAUUUGAAGGCGUGGCCUAGAAGGUUGACUUUAAUUUGAAGGCGGGGCCUAGAAGAGUGAAGGCGUGGCCUAGAAGAUUGAGAUGAGAUUUGUAGGCGUGGCUCAAAAAGAUUGACUUUAGAUUUGAAGGCGGGGCCUAGAAAAGUGAAGGCGUGGCCUAGAAGAUUGAGAUGAGAUUUGUAGGCGUGGCUCAAAAAGAUUGACUUUAGAUUUGAAGGCGGGGCCUAGAAAAGUGAAGGCGUGGCCUAGAAGAUUGAGAUGAGAUUUGUAGGCGUGGCUCAAAAAGAUUGACUUUAGAUUUGAAGGCGGGGCCUAGAAAAGUGAAGGCGUGGCCUAGAAGAUUGAGACAAGAUUAGUAGGCGUGGCUCAAAAUAUUGACUUUAGAUUUGAAGGCGGGGCCUGUGGCCCAGAAGUUGACUAAAUAUUUGAAGGUGUGGCCUAGGAGAGUGAAGGCGGGGCCUGGGACAGUGAAGGCGGGGCCUAGAAGAGUGAAGGCAUGGCCUAGUAGAUUGAGAUGAGAUUUGUAGGCGUGGCUCAAAAGAUUAACUUUUGAUUUGAAGGCGUGGCCUACAAGAUUGAGACAAGAUUUGAAGGCGGGGCCCAGAAGAUUGACUAUAGAUUUGAAGGCGUGGCCUCAAAGAGUGAUGGCGUGGCCUAGAAGAUUGAGACUUGAUUUGAAGGCGUGGCCUGGAAGAGUGAAGGCGUGGCCUAAAAGAUUGAGACAUGAUUUGAAGGCGUGGCCCAGAAGAUUGAGAGUGAUUUGUAGGUGAGGCCUUGAAUAGUGAAGGCGUGGCCUAAAAGAUUGAGAUGCGAUUUGGAGGCAUGGCCUUGCAGAGUGAAGGCGGGGCCUAAAAGAUUGAAUUGCGAUUUGAAGGCGUGGCCUAGAAGAGUGAAGGCGGGGCCUAAAAGAUUGAGACAAGAUUUGUAGGCGUGGCCCAGUAGAGACUUUAGAUUUGAUGGCAGAAAAUUAAGAUACAAUUUGAAGGCGGGGCCCAGAAGAGUGAAGGCAGAGCCUACAAGAUUGAGACACGAUUUGAAGGCGUGGCCUAACAGAUUGAGACGUGAUUUGAAGGGAUGGCCUUGCAGAGGGAAGGCGGGGCCUAAAAGAUUGAGACACGAUAUGUAGGCGGGGCCCAGUAGAUUGACUUUAGAUUUGAUGGCAGAAAAUUAAGUUUAAAUUUGAAGGCGGGCCUAUAAAAUUGAAGGCGGGGCCUAGAAGCUAGUAGGUGUAGUAAGCACAAGCAUGGAUGAUUUUAAUCUGCUGACUGUGCACAUUUACAAUAAAUUGAUUAGUUUCCAGAUCAGCAGAUUAGUGUUAAGAUGCAUUUUAUUUUGUAAGUGAUGCAUUUUAUUUUGUAAGUGAAACUACAAGAAUUGUUUACCGCACUUUAUGGUUGAGUCUUUAGCGCCCUCCGGUGGUGUGUCAGCUAGGGAAGAUGAAUGAUGAUGAUGAUGACAUUUUGUCUCCUCCGUCCUGCUCCUUCUUCUUGUCUUCUGGAACAUUCUUGAAGUGCACAGCUGCCAAAAAGUAAGACAAACAAAUGUUACAAAGUGUUUUUUUCUUUGUAUUUAUUGACUGUAAGAUGAAUAAUUGUGUCCAUGUAGCAAAAACACAUCAUGUGUGACAAUAAAGACAAGAACA